AUGACUGACACCGUCACGCCGCUGGAGGAAGACGACAGCAGCGGAACCGGCGCAGGAACGUACAGACGUGACCUCAACAAAGACAACCAUCCGAUUGGCAGUCCAAAGUUUGACAUGUCAUCCGAGGCACGUCAAAGAAGCCCACCGAUACUCGAUGAACGUCUGCAGAGGUGCGAGGCCGAACACCAACAAAUAAAUCAACGACAGCAAAAUCCAAACCGCCAACAUCGGAAUACAUCGCCGCUGGUCAGAUCCAAGACGUUUGACGCGUCGGAGCUGAUUCCCGUGAAAAACGAGCUGCACUCCAAGCUGGAGAGGAAGAAAUCUCACUACAGUCAGCUGUCCAAGAGUAACUGUCAAUACCAUAAAAUCUUUAAGGAGAUCAGCAAAGACGAGCAACUCGGACAAAGUUACACGUGCGCGCUACAGAAGGACAUCUUGUACCAGGGCCGCAUGUUUGUCUCCGACCAUUGGAUCUGCUUCCACUCCAAAGUCUUUGGGAAAGACACCAAGAUCGCCAUCCCGGUCAUCUCGGUCACCCACGUCAAGAAGACCAAGACGGCCCUCCUGGUGCCCAACGCAGUGGUGAUUGCCACAGCAAACGACAGAUAUGUCUUUGUGUCCUUCCUGGCCCGCGACAACACCUACAAGUUCCUCAUGUCCGUCUGUCUUCACUUGGAGGAGAAGAGUCCGUGCAACAGCCCUAUUCCGUCUUCACCCCAAAUCACCUUCCGAGGUCGGACAUCGCCUCGCACGCCGCGUUUCCCACUGAGUUUCCACGCUGACUUUGCCGACCUGAACGGAACGCUGCUGCGGAGUAGGCAGGACACGGAGGAAAGCAGCACUUCCGAUUCCCAGACGCCAGAUGACGACAAGGUGGCAGUCUAUCCCGUUCCUCCCUUCCUGGAGGCAUUGAAGUGCAGUGAUGUCUCUCCUCUUCCUGAACAUCAGCAUCAAGUAAAGAACCUUCUUCCUCCCAAGAUUCCCAAGCAGGAAAGCAAGCAGCAUGGUUUGGAAGUGAAGCGAGAGGAUGCCAGAAGUGGACAAACGCUCUCCCUCAACACUCUACUGUGUGUUUACCUCUUUCUAGUAUGCAUUUUGAUGCUGUCGUCAUGCUUCCUGACCGUCAAGAUGCUUUCCUUGGAGCAUCGACUGGCGACGCUCGGCCCUGUAACAGAAUUGGCUCAACCGGACGACUUCCUGCAAAAUAGUGAGGAUGUCAACAGGGAACUUUUCUCUGAACUACUGAGCCUCAACCUCAAGAAGUUGGAGAAGGUGCAGAAAAAUCUUCAAAGACUUUUGGAUGAAGCCGUCUGAUGAUUUUGUUUAACUCUGUAAAUAUUUACAUAAUGUAAUACUAUAAAAAUAUGUACAGCACUGGAAAGAUUAAGAGAGGAAUUGGGGAAUGUUUACUAUUUC